AUGCUUGGUUCGAUUUUUCGUUUAAAAAACGUGAAGCGCCGCAGUGAUGGCAAAGUAUGGAUCGUCCGAAUGACUUUAUGUAGUGAUGAUGAACAUGAUUUAAAACAAGCCUUCAUAGAUAUGAAGGAUCGGUUUUUGAGUAGCGAAAUAAAUCUUCAAACAUUAGGAAAACUAUUAUGGGAGAUGGGUGAACUUAAUUUAGCUGAAAAAUACUUCAUGCGUUUGUUAGAACAACUGUCACCCGACGAUCCUUUACUCGGCGAUUUGUAUCAUGAUCUUGAAAGACUUGCAUCAAAUGCGGGUAAUUUGAAUAAGAGUAUGGAAUGGCGUCAAAAAGCUAUUGCAUUGAAAAACCAAAAGCAACCAACUUCCAAAUCUACUAUUCCUAAACAAAGUAGCUCUGCCGUUAAUAUUCCUGCUAAUGCUAAAUGGGCACAGAACGGAGUGACUAUUGCUGGAGGUCAAGGGCAAGGGAAUGACACUGAUCAACUCUACUGCCCUCAUGGUCUCUUCGUUGAUGAUGAUCAAACAGUGGUUGUUGUUGACUGCUGGAAUCAUCGUAUCAUGCAAUGGAAGAACGGUGAUACAACGAAUGGACAAGUUGUUGCUGGUGGUAACGGCCAAGGAAAUGGAUUACAUCAAUUGUAUGCUCCAACUGAUGUAUUAAUUGACAAACAGACAAAUAGUCUCAUUAUUUGUGAUCAAAGGAAUCGACGAGUUGUACGAUGGUCUCGUCGCAGUGGUACAACAAAAGGUGAAAUACUCAUCGACAACAUCAAAUGUUAUGGAUUAGAAAUGGAUGAGCAGAGAUAUCUCUACGUCUCUGACGAAGAAAAACAUGAAGUAAGACGAUAUCAAUUGGGUGAUAAGAAUGGCACUCUCGUAGCAGGUGGUAAUGGACAAGGUGGUGGUCUCAAUCAACUUAACGAGCCGGUAUAUCUCUUUGUCGAUCGACAACAAAAUGUCUACGUAUCAGACAAAAAUAAUCAUCGUGUAAUGAAAUGGAAUAAAGGUGCAAAAGAAGGUAUUGUGGUCGCUGGAGGACAAGGCAGCGGGAGUGCUCUGACACAAUUGUCUUAUCCUAAUGGACUCUUCGUUGAUACGUUGGGUACACUCUAUGUAGCAGACUUCGGGAAUCAUCGUGUAAUGCGUUGGACUGAAGGAGACAAGAAACAAGGCACUGUACUUGUGGGUGGAAAUGGGGUAGGAAUAGGAGCAAAUCAGUUCUGCCACACCAUUGGUUUGUCUCUCGAUCGACAUGGUAAUCUCUAUGUCGCCGAUUGGGAUUGUGCUCGUAUUCAACGAUUUUCUAUCGAAUCAGGCUUGUGA